AGGUUAGGGUGAGCAAAUUUUCCCUCCAUGUAAAAUCUAGGGUUCGUCGUCUCCGCAGCUUCCAUGGAUGUUGUGAUUGUGGCGGUCGCGGGUGCUUGUGUUGUCAUUGCGGCAACUUGCGUUGCAACCAUGCUCAUCAUCAACCUCCUCACCAAGAGCGUCAUUACCAUGGCUUCUUCAACCAGGGGAGCAGCGAAGGAGGAUCUACAGGCUCUCCGUGGAGCUCUCAAGGAGGAUCUGCAGGCUCUCCGUGGAGUUCUCAAGGCGGAUCUUCCCAGCCUCAGGCAGGUGAUACAGGAUUUUGGUGCCUUGAGGGAGGAACUGAGGAUGCUGCGAGAUGCUCUGCGAGCUGAGGCAGCCCAGGGCCAAGCUAAUCCGUGGUGUGCAAACCGCACAGAAGUGGCGCUGCUGCUGCUGACCAUGUUCAGUGAUCAGUAGUUGAUUCAUAGGAAGUUCGACAAAACUGUUUUGUUUUUCGACAGGGAAAAAGCUUCUGAUUCGGAUCUUCGUUUCCUCGAAAUAAAAUGACUCAUGUCUUGAGCUUCUGAUAGUAA